GUGUUCGAAACACAGUGUUCCGCAACCCGACCGAUCUGUUCGCGAUGUUCCGUUCAGAAUGUCGAGUGCGAAUGGGACACGGAACCCGAAACGACGCGCCGACGAGCGAUAGUUAGUCGGCUUCAAGAGUGCGAAAGAGAAAACAGCAAUCUCCACGAGUUGAUUAGAAACCUGCAAUCACGGCCCGAAGCCGAAGCAACCGAAAUUUUCAAUCGACUACGAGCGGCGAGAGACCCGUUCCAAGUCUUGGAUCUCAUCCGGAUAGGGGACAUCCUCCUG